CUCCUAAGUCCUACCUCCUCUCUUCUCCUUCUUCUCUCCUCUACACAACAACUCUCUCUCUCUCUCUCUCUCUCUCUCUCUCUUUCUCUUUCUCUGUAAGCAGUUGUGUCCUUCUCCUUUUAUGACUUUCAAGUCAUGGCGGUGGAGCUUAUGAUGGGCUACAGGAAUGAUAACUUUGCAGCUAAAAUGGAGGAGAAUGCAGUCCAAGAAGCUGCUUCUGCAGGCCUUCAGAGUAUUGAGAAACUCAUAAGGUUGCUCUCCCAGAGACAACAACAACAGCAUCCUAAAGCAGAUAUGGAGAUUGAUCUGGAUUACAAGGCUGUCGCUGAUGUAGCUGUAACCAAGUUUAAGAAAGUCAUCUCCCUCCUGGGUCGGCCAAGAACCGGCCACGCUCGCUUCAGAAGGGGUCCUUUGUGUUCUCCUCAACAGACCCACGAUAAUGACCAACCCUUCUCUGCUGUGUCCCCUGCUCCCCACAAAGACGACGACAAACUGUCUUCUGGGUCUAGGGUUCACUGUCCUACGCACAUCCAACACCUCCCUCCUCUUCCUCAUCAUCAUCAGCAGCACCAACACCACCAUCCCAACAAUACCCACGUUCCCCUUGCGGUGCCGAAGACCGUCAAGGAAUUGACCACCACCAUUAAUUUCACGUCUUCUCCCCCUAUUUCUGCUGCAAAUUCAUUCAUGUCGUCUUUGACGGGUGAUACUGAUAGCAAGCAGCCGUCUUCAUCAUCGGCUUUUCAGAUUACCCAUCUUUCUCAGGCUUCCUCUGCUGGACGUCCGCCUUUGUCUUCGUCUUCCUUGAAAAGGAAAUGUAGCUCGUCUGACGACGCGGCUGGCAAGUGCGGAGGUUCUGCUGGGAGGUGCCAUUGUUCCAAGCGAAGGAAAUCCAGAGUGAAGAGAGUAGUGAGAGUUCCCGCCAUAAGCUUGAAGAUGGCCGAUAUUCCACCUGAUGAUUACUCAUGGAGGAAGUACGGACAAAAACCCAUCAAAGGAUCCCCACAUCCAAGGGGGUACUACAAGUGCAGUAGUGUGAGGGGUUGUCCUGCACGGAAACACGUGGAGCGAGCCCUGGAUGAUCCAACCAUGCUGAUUGUCACCUACGAAGGCGAGCACAACCACUCUCGCUCUGUAGCAGAGCCGACUGGUCUAAUCCUUGAAUCUUCUUAAGCCACCAUUGAUAUCAAAGCCAAAGGAAACAGAAUAUACAAACCAACUUGAAAAACCAAGGGAGGAGAAAGAGAAGAUAAUGAAGCGGCAGCUAGUAGCGGAGGCUCAAAGAAAACGCCUAGCUAAUUCCGAGGAGAUAGAUACUCAAAUGAGACCGGGCUUUCUUCGUUCCCUGAACAACACGGGAUUCCCUUGUUUAUUUUAUUUGAUUUUUAUUACAAACCCUUGGAAUGUGAAAAAGAAGAAGCGAGAGGGAAGAUUGUGGAUGUAGUAAAAACUUGAAAGUGGGUUGGUAUUGGUUGUCUUCCUUGCUUUUGCUUUUCUUUUUUAAUUAAAUUAUGGGUUCUUGUGCAAAGGCCAAAGUUUGAUCA